UAGCUUUAGUGAGCCGUGUGUGAGCGGCAGAAGGACAGCAGUCAGCGCUGGAUCAGUGUGAACACAGCCUCGCUUAUUAAGAACGUAGAGCAUCUGUUCUACGGCCCAUCCGCUUAACACAAGAGACAAUAGACAGUGAAAUAUAUGGGGAGAGGAGAGGAGAGGAGGGAGGAGGUGCUCUUGGCUGCUGUGACCCCCUCCCCUCCUCCUUCUCUCGCUCCUUCUCCUCCCUCCAUUCCUCCCAGUCUACAGGCUCGUCAAGCGGAGAAAUAAACAGAAGCGAGUGCAGAGAAGAGAAGACAUUCCUCCCUCCCCUCCCCCUUGCUAUCUGCCCAUCUUCAUCCCUUUCUUUCAUGGAGAGGAAUUACCCCGCUGCAGGCUUCGGAGAUCUAGGGGCUGGGACGGGAUGGAGUUACGACAGAUCGGCCAAAGCAAGCCUUGUGUAUGGGAGCUCCAGGUCAUCCCACCCAGACUCAGAGCUGCUCCACCGGCAAGCCUAUGGUACCCCUCACCCCCUCCAGGGCUAUGCAACCAACCACCACCCAGGAAGUUCCAGACAGGGCGGGGCCUGGGGUGCUGCGGGACGCACGCUGGGCCUGUCAGGGCUGUUUGAUGCCAGCCUUCACCAUCCCGGCCCCUCCGGUCCUGACCCCUCCGUCAUGAAUCUGAUUUCAGCUUUGGAGUCCCGAGGUCCACAGCCCCCACCCUCCGCUUCCUCUCUCCUCUCUCAGUUUCGCACUCCCUCUUGGCAGACUGCAAUGCAUACCCCAGCCCCAGCGGAGCUCUUUAUAUCAGGGGCACUUCCAGGUUCCAGCUCCUUCCCUUCCUCCUCAGCCCUUUCUGCAUACCAGCAUCCUGGCUCCUUCUCUGGACGAUCUUUCACUCCCUCACUAUCCCUGCAGGACCCGCCUACAUUUAGCCCAACUUCCAAUGGUUUGCUAUCCCCCCAUGAGCCCCUGCUACACAUCAAAACACCAUCCCAGUCCAGCUUGGGCUUUGAUCGCUUGCUGUCUUCCCAGAGUGCCACCUAUCGGAGCUCCCAGGAUCCCCCAGCCCCCCCUCAGACCCAAACGCCUUCCUCUUCCUCCAGUUGCCACCUGCCCCCUCCCCAGUUCAAUCUGUUGUCCUCCCAGCUCCACAACCAGUCCUCCCAGCUCUACAAUGCCUCCAUGUUCUCUUCUACACCAGCCCUGCCACCCACUGCCCCCCCUGCAGCCCCCCCUUCCCAGGCUCCUCCAGAUAGGCCAGUUUCCCGCCAGGACAGCGUGAUAAAGCAUUACCAACGCUCGUCCCCAGCCCAGUCCACAGCACUCCCCCUACAUCAAUAUGUCAGCUGUGGCGGGUCUUCAGGCUACCAGCAGAUAGCUGGCCAUCACCGGCAUGCUGGAGUAUCCUGCAGUCCUCUGGAGGAGCAGAGCCCAUCCUCUGACGCCAAGCCCUCACCACGGAUGGAAUCCAAGACGUAUCGGCCUAUCAUCCAAACUCCCUACACAUCCUCGUCCUCAAGUUCCUCAGCCUCUUCCUCAUCUGGCACUAAGGGAGCCAAGAGUUCCAACUCUAGUAGUGGCUACUCUUCUUCGGGCUCAGUAUCAUCUUCUUCCCGUACCCCACACACUCCACCAUCAGCCUCUUCGGUUUCCUCUUCGUCUUCUUCUAGCUCCAAGGCAAGCAAUGGCUCCUUGUCUGCUCCCUCUCGUCAGCAGCCCCCACCUCAGUCAGCACCGGCACCACCCCCUCUACCAGUGGUGUCAUCCACCCUUAUUCAACAGCCAGCACCCAAACAAUGCCUCUCCAGCUAUGGCUCCCCUUCUGUGGUCAAAUCUAACACAGGUCUACCAGACCAGACCCCUCCCCAGCAACAUACCCAGUCCUGCUCUCCCAACCAGCCUCCACCUACACACAUGACCCCGUCUUAUGGGGGCUUUAACUCACCUCAUGCCCAGGAACUGAGCUCUGGAGCAGGGGGAAAUGGAGGCAAGUCCUUCACUGGUAUAGGCUCAGGAGGGCGAUCGUUUUCUGCUGAGAUAGUCUUUGGGGACUCAAGCUAUGGCUCAGCUUCUCUCAGAAGAGCAGGCAGUCCUUCCUUAGGUUAUGGGAGUUCUGGAGGAUCAACAGGAAGUGUACCAAUAUCAGGAACUGCGGCACUUGGCAGUGGAGUUGGAUCUGCAGGAUCAGUGAGUGGGACUGCUAGUGUUGGUAAUGGAGGCAGCAACUCUUUCCACCUGCCUGAGUCUAGUCCAUCACCCUCCAUCAAUUCUACUAUCAGUCGCCCUGGAUUGCACUCUCCUGCUUCUGCUCGCCCUGUACAGUCCCCUGGAGGCUCCAAAUACUUGUCCUCCAUCCUCUCUCCUGCUUUUAUGUCCUCACCACAAGGUUUCUCUGAUACAGGGCAAACACAGAGCCAGUCCUAUCACUCAACACCACCCAAGCUAAAAACAGAGACCAACAUGCUGGAAGUUGAACGAUCCCAAGAUGAGGAAGAGGAUGAUGACGAUUUCCUCAUCCACCACUUACUACAUACGCAGAGUUCAACUCCUCAUGCAUCCCAGCAUCACCCACUUCCUCAGCAACUACCCCAAACACUCUCACAGGCUAGGGAUGUGGAAGGCAAGGGGGUGACCUAUGACAUGAACAAGAUCUCAGAAGAGCGCUACCACCUUCAGAGUGUCAUUCGUACCAAUAACACCACCAGCAGUUCAGGUCCUGGAAGUGCAAUUGGUGAUGCAGCAAGUGGAAUAAACAGUCAGUUGGAAAUAUCUCAGAAGAAACAGCAACAGACCAAGUCAGAGUUGGCCAUAUCAAAAUCAACUGCUGCAGGGGUAGGAGGGGUCCCUGACUCUUUUUCCCACUCCCAUACUACCCACUCCCAUCAACAACAGCAUGACUCCCUGGGCUCUGUGGUCCAUUAUGGAAGAGGGGACCCCUACACACAGCACUCACACUCACAACAUUCCCAUCACACCUCACACGUAUCCUCUCACUCUCAGCAACACUCUCAGCACUCCCAAAUCUCGCAGCACUCUCGGCAUACUCAACACACACAGCACUCUCAACAUUCCCAGCAUAGCCAUCCCCAUUCCCACUCACACAGACACCCUCACAUGGAGCUGAAGAAACCUUCAGAUGCAAAUGACAAUGCCUACUUGUGUAACACACCAGAUGUGCAGCAGGCUCGACAAAACCAGGUUCCCCUCUCUCUAAUGGAUUCACCACCAGCCCCCCCCCAGCAAACUCACAUGCUGCAGUCGGUUCUUUCUCAUACAACCCGCACCAAGAUGGACCCCCAGCAAGCUCCGUCGCAGCAACAGCAGCAUCCUAUGAGCCAGCAGGCCAUGAUGGGUUCAGCCGGAGGAGCAGGACCUGCUGGGGUGGAAUCCCACCCACAGAACCAGUCCUCACAGUUGCAACUCCAGCUCCAAACCCAGGGUAUGGAUACCCACUACAGCCUUGGAGGUCAGUCAAGAGAUCAAACCAGAGCUGGUCAGAACUCAGUAUCUCCGCUAGACAUGCUAGAACAGUCUCUUUCACGGACAAACAGCAGAGACAGCGGAGGAGCUCUGGACAGAACUGGGGUUGGGGUGACUGUUACAGGAGGGGAAGGAGGUGGUGGAGACAUACAUAGACAGCAGCACAGGCUUACUCCCCACCACCACCCCCAACAAACAGCCUCAGAUCUUCAUGACUUCCUUUCUGAACCAGAUUUGGGCUUGUCCACCCCCUCACAUCUGCACCACCUCAACCAGCCUCACCCCCAUGCCCACCACCCACAGCAAGCACACACUCACCAUCAGCUGUCACACUCUCAGUUAGCUCACCCACACUCCCACCGGAUGGCAGCAAAUAUGGGAACUCCCCAACAACAGCAGCAGCCCCAACAAAGAGAGCCUGAAACUCAGCUGUCACACACUCAGUUAGACCAGCUCAAACAGCACCAGUUUGACACAGUGAGUCCGGUGGGUAAGGUAGGACAAAAUCAAGCUCAGCAGCCUCAGCGGUUUGCACCUCUAACACCCAUCUGCUUUCCAGACUCUCUCCUACACGAUGAAGACCGGUCUUUCUUUCCUGAGAUGGAGGACAUGUUUUGUUCAGCUAAUUACAAGUCAAGCUGUGCUGGGGAUUCUGGGGCUGGGCAGUCUGCUCAAGACAGCCUUACCCAGGGUCAUGGGCAGGGGCAAGAAGGUAUGGUGGCCUUAAAAAAUGGAGGAGCUGGAGAGGGCUAUGAUAUGGUGGGUCAUCAUAGCGACCAAGGCUAUGGACAAUACUGCCACAGCCUUCCAGGAACAGGAAAUGGUAAUCUGCAUUUAGACCUUGACUCUAUGAAGACCCACGAGCUUCCCUCCACUGUGAAUACUGACCAGCUUGGCCUCAUCCAAUCCCAAACCCCCACUAUGGGAUUGAGUUCAGUAGUUCAAAGGGAUGGCUCAGUCAACAAGAUAAUAGGAGCUGUGGGAGUUGGUGGAAAUUCAAACACUACUGGUCUGACCUCACCUAUCUUCUGUUCCUCUCGACCCAAGAAACUGCUGAAGACCAGCUCAUUUCACUUGCUCAAACAGCGGCGUGAGCCACAACCUCAAACAAAGAAAAACUAUGCGCAGGAGUAUGAAUUUGAGGAUGAUGAGGAUAAAGCUGAUGUUCCAGCUGACAUUCGUCUUAACAGUCGGCGCCUUCCUGACCUGCUCCCUGACUUGGUGUCUAGUUGUAGAAAGGCUGGUGGGGCAUUAGUAAGUGGGCUUAGUCCUCUGAUGGGUGACAUGGACUUCUGCCACCCCUCCAGCUACUCUUCCCUUGGACAGCCUCCUCAACCCCCUCCCCAUGAUGGCCCUAAGAAAAGAGGCAGGAAACCAACUAAACCAAAACGUGAAGGCCCUCCUCGCCCACGAGGUAGACCACGCAUACGUCCUCUUCCAGAGCCUCCUUACUGCAGGGGGCUGAUGGGAUCAGUGACUGGAGAAAGUAGGAGGGGUCGAGGGCGCGGUCGGGGGCGAGGCAGAAGGGAGGAAGGGCUUGUGGAAAUGCAUCAAGAUAUUAACAAAGCACAAAGUCUCCCAUAUCAUCAUCAACAGCAGCAUCAACAGCAACAGUUCAGCCAACAGCAGCAUCUCCAGCAGCAUCCACACCCACACCAAGCACCACAACAACAGCAACAACAGCAACAACAUCACCACCUGCAUCAUCCUCAGCAGCAUGUUUCCUGUUCGCAUCACCAACCUCAUCAUCAACAGCGGCAACAUCAACAGCAUCAUCCUCACCACCAACAACAACAACCACCCCAGCAGCAGCAGCAAGAUCCAAUUAGACCUAUCAAGAUCAAGCUUCCCGUUCGCACAAUGCUUCCAUCAGAAUCCUUGUUGAGGACAGACUCACUAUCCAGCACUGAGCCAGUUCUGUCUGAUGAAUCAGUGGGGUCAGCACCAUCUCUUGGCCUGAGUCCUGGACCCAGCACCACCAUGGACAUGAGCAGAAGUGAGCUGAACCAGACUCAAGACAAGAUGUUGAAGCAUCAGCAGAAAGCUGGAGAGAUGAUGUGGAAGAAGGAAAUUGGUGAUCCACUGAAUCCUGAAGACUGGGCUACUAUGCAGAAACUCUCCAGUUCAGCUGAUGAGAAGGCUUUCGACUUCAAACCUGGCUUCAUGGCCUCUUUUUUGGACUUCCUGAAGACAGGCAAAAAACAGUCAGGCCUUGAGCUGGAACAUGAUGCAGGCGAGCAGGAGGCUCUAAACGCCUGUUCCUCUCUGAAGGGAGGGAUCAGGCCCUUAUCCCCGCCUCCUGCUCCACUGCCUUCAGCUCCUCCACAGCAGCCUGCAGGAACCUUCAGCGAGGGAGGGCAGGGCGAGGGGGCGGACCUCGCUCUCAGCAGCUGCCCAAGUCCCUGCAAGCCUCUGGAUGAGGAGCUAAAGAGGAACCUGGAGACACUGCCUUCCUUCUCCUCUGAUGAGGAGGACUCCGUCAGUAAGAAUCAGGAUCUACAGAAGAGCAUCUCAUCUGCCAUCUCUGCCCUCUAUGACACCCCACACUCAUUGGCUGCUGCAAUGGCUUCUGCCAUGGCCAAAGCCCCACCCAGCCUGUCCCCGCCCACCCCACAGGAGACGCCAAUGAGCCCCCCUAUCCCUGCCAUGCCUCCCCUCAUCCCCAGUAUGGAAAAUGGAAAAGACGAGGCGCUCACAUACACUCACCAUCACAUACAGGACAAGGAAAAACAAAAAUUGGCCUCUCCACAGUCGAAUGGAGAAAAAGCAGAGGACAGGGAGCUUGAGCAAGGAGGAGAGGAGGAGCAGGGAGGAGAGGAGACUCUAGAUAAUGAAGAAAUAAUAAGAGCUCCACAGAAUCUGCAGCAGGGAGCCCUGGAAGAGCAGGAGGAAGAGCAGGAGGAACAGAUGUCUGAAAUGCAGAUGUCGGAGGUUCCUAAGGUUGAAGAUUCUCCAUCAGGACCUGUGCUUGCUCUUGCUCUUGCACGUCCAUCCCCAUCACCAUCCAUCUCUCCCUCGCCGCCCACCUACUCUUCACCCUCGCCCCUCCCUCCCCUGUGUCUCUCCGUACCCUCCCCAAUGCAGAUCCAGCAGGAUGAGGAAGAGGAGAAUCAAACUUAUCGUCUUUCUGAGCAGCAUCAGCCCUCUUUCCAACCAGCUCCAACUGCAGGCACCUCCCCACCCCCCUCCACCUCCCCUCCGGCCAUCACGUCCUCACCCCUCUCCAACCUUCCCCUGGCCCAGUCCAUCCCUCCUCCAUCCACCACACCACCCCCAUCAUCCUCCGAUCAGGACCAGGAUCCUGAAGCCGGGCAGCCUUCCCCCUCCUCUUCCUCACCCUCUUCAUCGUCUUCACCGCCCCCAUCACCUCCAACCCCAGAAGAGACCCCAGCAUCCCAGCGUCUUACCUCACUCCACCUGGCAAAGAAGCAGGCCGAUGCCGCCAUAGCUGGUGAGAGUGAAGAAGAGGACAGUGAGAGUGGAGGCGAGGGGAUCUUUCGGGAACGAGAUGAGUUUGUUGUCCGAACUGAGGACAUCGGGACUCUUAAGAUGGCCUUGCAGACAGGCCGAGAGCCCCCACCCAUCUGGAGGGUACAGAAAGCUCUGCUCCAGAAAUUCAGCCCAGAGAUCAAAGAUGGUCAGCGGCAGUUCUGUGCAACUAGUAAUUAUCUGGGUUACUUUGGUGAUGCUAAAAUGCGCUACCAGCGUUUGUAUGUGAAGUUCUUGGAGAACGUCAACAAAAAAGAUUAUGUGAGAGUGUGUUCUCGAAAGCCGUGGCAUCGAGCCGGCCUGACACUCAGGCGCCAGGCACUGCCCAAACAGUUGCCCUCCAUUCACAAUCAAACCCCCCCUCGAGUGGAGAGAGACGACAGAGACAGAGAGAGACAGAAAGAGAGAGAGCUGAAGGAGCAGAGAGAAAGAGAAAAAGAACAAAAAGAGAGGGAGCACAGGGAGAAAGUAGAAAAGGAGCAUAAGGAGAGAGAGAGGAGAGAGAAAGAGGACAGAGAGCAAAAAGAGAAGGUGAAACGGGAGUGGGAGCAGAAGGACAGGGACAGGAAAGAAAUGGAAAUGGUGGAUAGUGAAAAAGAGGACAGUGUGCGAAAGGAGAGGGAGUGCAGAGAAAAAGAGACAGAAAUGGAAUGGGAGAAUGACAGGGAGAUCGAACGAGGGGAGAAGGAGCAGAAAGAGAGGGAUAAAAGAGAGAGAGAGCAAAAGGACAGGGAGAGAAGGGAAUAUGAGCGAGAGCAAAAAGAGAGAGAGAUGAAAGAGAGGGAUAGAAGGAACAGGGAGCAGAAAGAAAGGGAUAAACAGGAAAGAGAACGGAAAGAAUGGGAGAGACAGGAGAGGGAGUGGAAAGAAAGAGAAAGACAGGAGAGAGAACAAAAAGAGAGAGAGAGACAGACGAGGGAGAGACAGGAGAGAGAACAAGAAGAGAGAGAGAGACAGGAGAGGGAAAGGAAAGAGAGGGAGAGACAGGAAAAGGAGCGGAAAGAGAGGGAGCAGAAAGAAAGGGAAAGAAAGGACAGGGAUCAAAGUGAAAGAGAAAGGCAGGAGAGAGAGCAAAAAGAGAGGGAUAAACAGGAAAGGGAGAGAAGAGAAAAAGAGAGAGCGAAGAGAGAAAGGGAGCGUAGAGAAAAGGAGAAACAGGAGAGGGAGCGGAGAGAGAAAGAGCGAGAGCAGAAAGACAGAGAACGGAAGGAGAGGGAAAAGGAAAAAGAAAGGGAACAGAGAGAAAAGGAGGGAAAAGAGGAGCCAGAGAAACAAAGGGAUCAGGAGAAAGAGAAAAGGGAGAGAGAGUUGCGAGAGAGGAGAGAUGGCACAGUGGAGUUUGCAAGGUUAAAGGAAGAGAAGAAAGAAGGACAGAAGACGAUGGAGCGUCAGUCCAGAGCCAAGACUUCAAAGGACAAUGCAGAGCCUCCUCCCAAGAAGAGGAAGAAGUGGCUGAAGGAGGUGCCAUCCUCCUCCUCGUCCUCUGACUCCUCCCCACCCAGUGAUGACGAAGGGCCUGUGCGGGGUGGAGUUAACAGCCGAGCCAUGAGGGAGAUGUUCAGGAGCUAUGUGGAGAUGCUGGUUAGCACAGCACUGGACCCUGAUAUGAUCCAAGCACUGGAGGACACUGAUGAUGAGUUGUACCUCCCACCCAUGAGGAAAAUUGAUAGCCUGCUCAGUGAACAGAAGAAGAGGUUGUUGAGGAGAGUCAACAUGAGUGCUCAGCACCAGGAGGCUUUACAUAUAUUCCCUAAAAUGACAGCAGACCCGCUGGAAUCUGGAGCUGUCAAAGUUCACCUUGGUGGGGAGGGUUACAAUCGCAAAACCCUCAACUGGGUCAAAAGGAGUAUUCCUAAGCAACAGGAUCUGAAGCUCUCAAUUGAAACUUGCCGGAUCUACAGUCUGUAUCAUUCCCUUCACCACUACAAGUACCACACCUUCCUGCAUUGCAAGAAGGAGACAGACAGUAUCGAGCAGGCAGCGGAGGACCCCGGCCAGGAGGAGGUGGUGCAGCAGUGCAUGGCUAACCAGGGCUGGCUGGAGAGCCUCUUUAACUCCUUCAUGGAACUGCUGAGUCUCAGCACCAAGGCCUGAAGGAGGACUGCAGCACCAGGCCACCAAACUCAUACAUCCACCUGCAGUGUUAGGUAGAUGAAGGCAUCCAGAGUUUGUGAAACAAAAGAAUCACGCUACAGAAACUGUACGGAUGCUCAUAGUGCGCUGAUUGAAAGUGAGAACAGCCACUGUUGGUUUGUUUGUGGGGGGUUUCACUUUUAAAGUAUUUGUUUUAUUAUUAAGUAAAGUACCUCUUGAUUUUAAGAAACCUAUUGAAAAAUAGAAGCUAGUGAACUAUGUGAAUGUGAUGGAUUUUCCUCAAAAGUCAAAGAAAGGGACAACAAGACAAUUUGGUCAACACUACAAAAGAGAUUUUUGUCAAGACCUAAAGAGUAUUGAAAGACACACACAAGCUGUCUAUAAGUAUGUAUCGGCAACUAUGGUUUGUAUUAUUUAUACAAGGACAUUUCUAAAAAUGACUGUCCUAUAAUGGGAUUGUUUGCUGUUAUUUUUUUUUUUUGAAAAAUGUUUUAAAGGGGUAUACAUAAAAUGGCCCUCUUGCAGUUUUUUGCUUCUAUCAGACCGACGGAGAUAAAACUAGAGUUGAGCGAGACAAAAGAAGGUUUAAAAGGACUAUGUGAUAGUCUACCUGUCUCAGUUAAACAGCAGUUGAAAAGGGGAAAAGUAUUUAAAACUAAGCUGUAUUCUUUCUGUUUGUGUCAAAAGACAAUUAGAGAGAGGAUUUAAUGCCUGUAAAGAGGAGGCACAAAAAAAUAAAGCACGACUUUCAUAAAGGAAGUUUAAGGUGAAAUGAUCCAAAAGCAUAAAUGUCAGUGUUUAAUGUUAGUCAUUUUUAUCUGUUUGUCGUUGAUGGAUAUUUCCUAUUAUUUAACCUCUCAGAGGAUAUUCUUGCAGAGCAAUUUUGUUGUUUUGAUGUGUAAAUAUUGUACAGUUAUUUCAUUCUCUAGUUCCCAGUUGCUCUUCUGUACAUGAAAUUCCUGUAUUUGACAUAAUGAAAUAAAACUGUUCAAAUGAUAAACGUGA